AACCUAGAGUGAGCUGUGAGUGUGUGUGUGUGUGUGUGUGUGUUAGAGUGUGUGUGUGUGUGUGCAGCAGGAUGGGAACCAGUAGCUCCAAACUGAGACGCAUCCCAAACGCUCAGGAGCUCAUAGAGGAAACCGGCUUCUCUGCCGCUCACAUCCUCCGUCUGCACGAGAGGUUCAAGUUCCUGGACAAAAACGAGACGGGACAGCUCAGGCCUGAAGAUCUGGAAACGGUGCGUGAGUUGGACAUGAACCCCAUCGGAGACAGAAUCGUCAACGCUUUCUUCCCUUCUGGACAGGACACUUUGGACUUUCCCUCUUUCGUCCGAAUUCUCGCUCAUUUCCGUCCGUCCGACACAAACCGACCUAAAGACGCGACGCAGCAGCAGGAGCCGGCUAACAGCAGGACCGGGAAGCUCCGAUUUGUCUUCCAGCUGUACGAUCUGGACAAAGAUGGAAAGAUCUCCAGAUUUGAGCUUCUUCAGGUGCUGCGGGCGAUGCUGGGGCUGCAGGUGACGGAGGAGCAGCUGCAGAGCAUCGCUGAGCGAGCCAUACAGGAAGCAGACCUGGACAGCGAUGAUGCCAUCUCCUUCGACGAGUUCAAAAAGUCUCUGGAGAAAGUGGACAUCGAGCACAAGAUGAGUAUCCGUCGCUUCCUGAAAUAAAGACACUUCCUACUCCGAUACUUCACUGUUUCCUGUUUGCGUGGAGAAGAAGACGGCAGCUCUUUUUCUUGAAGCCGGUCGGAGAAGACGAUGAUGAAGAUGAUUCAAUGAAAGAUGUGAAGAGAAACAGGAAGCAGGAAGAGAUCAAUGAACAGCACUGAAAUACAGUGUUGGCUCAUAUGUUUUAGCCUCCAGCUGAAGCUCAUUGUUGGAUUUUAUGGAGGUUGAUGUAUCAAAUAAUCUGAGCAAAGUCGGCGGCCCUCAGGCACAAAUACCAGGAUGUUAUUUAUUUCUAUGUCUUGUUGGAAAAAAGGUUUGUUGAGACAGUUUUAUGGCCAGUCCUGGAUGACGGUGAUGUAAUUUAGAGACACACAUCCUCUUCAACUCUCAAACCUCUUAACUCUGUAUAUCACUCUGCCUUAAGAUUUAUUACUGGAGACAUUUAUGGUGCAUGUCAUUAUAUUUAGUACAAUAAUGCUGGAUGUGAUAUUCACUGGUAUCGCUUUAUCUCUAAACCCAUAUAGAGCUGCUCUGUCACCCAGAUGUUUUAUUGUGUCCAUGUGGUUUAGUUUAAAUUUAAAGGGGUUAAAAUGUGAAAAUAAACGUAUCAAUA